GUCCACCCUGUAUUACAAUGUUAAGAUUAGAUUCCAUGGCUGAAAACCUCAAAACGUCUCCAAACUUUUCAACAAUUCAGACAAACACAAAGUAAUGACGACUGCAAAGCCUGACCAGAAAAUAAGCUAAGUUUCAUCAUCAUUAUUUCUCACACUCUAUCAAUUCUGGUUUUUGUAUUGAAUUAAAUUAAUUUUGUGAAUUUAUUGUGGAAUGGAAAACCCCAAUUAUUCAAAAUCACUGUCAACCUUAAUUCAUCAUAAAAAUAACAAAAAUGAUUUCAAUUUACUAUUUACACAUCUCAACACAAGUCUAAUUAUCUCAAAAAAAUCAUCUAAAAAACGAACCUUUAGUAAUCUUAAAUUCUUAUCAAUAUCCUUCGAAAACCAAAAACAACAAAAACCAAAGAAAAAAAUAACACCCAAUUUGUUUAAGACCCUUUCGGUGUUUGAACGCGCCCAGAUUGGCGCCUGUGCAGGCGGCAUUGCGGGCGCGUUCACCUACGUGUGUCUACAUCCAUUAGAUACAAUUAAAACUAAGUUACAAACUAAAGGGGCUUCCAAGAUUUACUCUAGUACCCUUGAUGCUAUUGUUAAGACUUUCCAAAGUAAAGGAAUACUCGGGUUUUAUUCCGGUGUUUCUGCAGUUAUUGUUGGGUCAACUGCGUCUUCCGCGGUUUAUUUUGGGACCUGUGAGCUUGGAAAAUCGGUUUUGUCUAAGUUACCGAAUUACCCGGUUUUGUUAAUACCUCCUACGGCUGGUGCAAUGGGGAAUAUUGUUUCGUCUGCUAUAAUGGUGCCUAAAGAAUUGAUAACCCAACGAAUGCAAGCCGGGGCAAAAGGGCGGUCGUGGGAGGUUUUGUUAAGGAUUUUGGAGAAAGAUGGGGUUGUAGGUCUUUAUGCAGGUUAUUCUGCUACAUUGUUAAGGAAUUUGCCAGCUGGGGUUUUGAGUUAUUCGUCUUUUGAGUACUUGAAGGCUGCGGUUUUGGCUAAGACGAAUCAGGUGAAUAUGGAGCCGUUGCAGAGUGUGUGUUGUGGGGCAUUGGCUGGUGCAAUUUCGGCUUCUUUGACCACACCACUUGAUGUAGUGAAAACAAGGUUGAUGACUCAGAUUCAUUUGGAUAAAAAUGUCGUUGCUUUGGGUGUUUCUGAGACAAUUAAGCAGAUAUUGAAGGAAGAAGGGUGGGUUGGAUUUACGCGAGGGAUGGGACCUAGAGUGCUUCAUAGUGCUUGUUUUUCGGCUAUAGGGUAUUUUGCAUUUGAGACGGCCAGGCUUACUAUUUUGCAUCACUAUCUUCAGAGAAAGGAGGCGCUUGAGGGCGACAUUGCUCAAGUUGGCACUUCUGUUUGAAUUUGAUUUGCUUUCCCUUUAUGUUAUAUCUUGCUAAUUAUAUUAAGUGUUUUUGUAAGCAUCUAGUUUCUUAAUUUUUGUUAUAAGGUUUUGUUCAGUUAUAGCUUUGAUAGCAUUCGACUUUUGCUUUAUAGAUAUUACAUGAUCCCUUAUGUUUGUAGUCCCUAUAUAAAAAAAGAAUUUUUUUGUA